CUCGCCUUCCUCCGCCAACCCCAACCGCUCCAGCUGUCCAGCAUCCAGGCCAAACUCACCAACCAGGCAACCACUCCCACCCCCCGCCUGGCCGCCUCCACCUCCAUCCCUCCCUCUCCCGCGCCGCCGCGCGGAGCCUCUCGAGCCUAGGGUUCCCGCUCCCAUGGCGCUCCCCUUCCCCUCGCACCCCGCGUUCGCCUCCCUGGCCGCUGCGUGCGCGGUCCUCGUCGGCGUCGCAUUCGCGUCCGUACGGGGCUGGAUUCGCCCCUACGGCCGGACCUACGCGGCCGGGGUGGUCAUCGGCACGCUGCUCGGCACCAACGCCUUCGUCCUAUACACCGACGACGCCCCCGAGGCCCGCGUGAAGGCCGCGGCGGAGCGCCUCCUGAUCGACGGCGAGUACGCCUGGCCGCUCCUGCUCGUCGUCGCUGGCUGCGUCCUCGGCUGCGUCGUCGUGUCCGUCUUCCGCGCCUGCGUGGAGGCCUCCGGGAGGAGGAGGCGGAGGAUGGUGCCGCUCGUUCCUGGAAGGAGCGCGCGCGCUGGGCGGAGGGCUACUGGCUGCGGUUGGCGCACCCUUGUGGAGCCUGUGCUCUUCUUUGCCUCUGUUUGGGCAUGCGUCUACUGCAUCCCUGGCGUGGCCGGCGGCCACAUUGCUGCUAUGCCGAAGGGCGGGGAUCCUGCAGGUGCUGGCAUAGUGUGUGAUCAUCCAAGUGGUAUUAACUCUUCUUCCAGUUAAUGGAUCGUUUGUGUCCAAUUUUGCAUUCCUGCAAGCAUGUGUUAGAUUGACAUUGACUGGCUAGCUGAAGUAGAAUGAGAGUGUCCAAAGUUUGUAUCUAGUCUUGUGUACUUUUUGUUGGCCUCAUUGGAUGGCCUCGUGUACACCAAUCUGAUUGUUGACAAUGAUGUUUUAUUUCUGCUCGUUCGUGCUACUUCGAUGCAAGUUAGCAUUGCUUCUAAUGGAAUCAUCACUUGCUUGAGCAUAAGAAAAACUAGAGUCAAACUUUUUGUAUAUAUCAUUUCUCAUCUCAUUAGAUGGUUUGCUGUUUGUACUUCUCUGUUCGUAAAUGUGCAUUCCUACAAGCUUGAGUUAAUUUGAUCUUAACUAGAAAUUGUGAAGUUUCC